GAGGUGAUCUUUUGGAAACCUUUACUUCUUAUUCUAAAGAAAAUUCGUUUCAUAGAAGAGGUUGUUAGGUGCUGGUGCAAUUUUGGAGGUCUGGGGAAUGGGGUAAGAAUAUGACACCGGCUCUUAAGCAGCAACAUCUGCUGUGGUUCAGAGCCACACGGAGAAAGCUGCUUAAGCAGUCAGAUGCUUUGGACUGCACGGACAAGUGUGGGUCGACUAUGAAGACUGCAGGCUGGAAGAAACUUGAAGUUUAGAGGAGCUGUUAAACAGUGGAAUCGUGGACGAUGAACAUCUUCAAGAAACAAACAGUACCUUGUUCUCCAAGCUAUCGAAGAUCUUUGUCCGAACCUGCUUAUGCAGAUUCAGAGUUGAGAACAAGUUUAAAGAUUUAUGCCUGGUGUGGUCCAGUGAAAAGCAAGAGGAAGAAAAGUGGAUGUGCUGUUUCCGUCCUGGAGAAGCCACUGUGCGCUUACCGGUGGCAGAAGCAUCCCAGCUUUAGGUGGAAGGGCGGCAGAGGAGACGGUAAGAGAGACCUGGAGGAAGCACAGCCAGAAAUCCUGCCGGAGAUGGUGGAUGGUCAUGAGGUGCUUGGAACAUCCCCAGAGAGGCUGAACCUGCUCAGCACCCAGUCGCGUCGGUCUCCAUUCAGCAGAUCUAUUUCAGAACCCGAGCGCUGCUGCAGUGCUGGGCCUGUUAGACCAGGGCCCACAUUGGAGGGACCAGUGGAGGCUGAGCAGCAGGGCUAUUUCAUCCGGGGCAUUUUCUCCACUCUUUCUAAUGGCUUCUCCAGGAUGCUGAGUCUAAAAGGAGAAUCAGCCAACGAGCCAGCAAGAGAAGAUGUGAAAGGGCCGCCUACCCAUCGCCUGUCUUGCGGUCAGUCGCCCUACACUGAGACGACAACAUGGGAGCGGAAAUACUGCAUCCUCACAGACAGCCAGCUGGUGCUGCUCAACAGGGAGAAAGAGAUGCCUGUGGAAGGGGGGCCAGAGCAGCAGACGGAUUCCACCAAAGGGCGGUGCCUGCGGAGGACUGUCAGCGUCCCUUCCGAGGGCCAGUUUCCUGAGUACCCACAAGAGGGCGCCACCAAACUGGAGGUGCCGGCAGAGAGGUCCCCCCGCCGACGGAGUAUCUCAGGGACCAGCGCGUCGGAGAAGCCCAGCUCCAUGGACGCUGCCACUACCUCCCCCUUCAAAGUACCAGGGUUUUUCAGCAAGCGCCUGAAAGGCUCCAUCAAGAGGACCAAAAGCCAAUCCAAGCUGGACAGAAACACGAGCUUCCGGCUUCCCUCCCUCCGCAACACUGAUGACAGGUCUCGUGGGCUGCCUAAGCUGAAGGAAUCGCGAUCCCAUGAGUCCUUGCUGAGCCCGUGCAGUGCAGUAGAAUGUCUGGAUCUUGGCAGAGGGGAGCCUGUGUCAGUGAAACCUCUCCACAGUAGCAUCCUUGGACAAGACUUCUGCUUUGAGGUUACCUACUUGAGUGGAAGUAAAUGCUUCAGCUGUAACUCUGCUUCCGAGAGAGACAAGUGGAUGGAGAACCUGCGUAGGACAGUCCAACCAAACAAGGACAACUGUAGACGAGCUGACAAUGUUCUCCGUUUGUGGAUCAUUGAAGCCAAGGACCUUGCCCCUAAAAAGAAAUAUUUCUGUGAACUGUGCCUUGAUGAUACCCUCUUUGCUCGUACAACUAGCAAGACCAAAGCAGACAAUAUUUUCUGGGGCGAACAUUUUGAAUUCUACAGCCUUCCACCUCUUCAUAGCAUCACAGUUCACAUUUAUAAGGAUGUGGAAAAAAAGAAAAAAAAGGACAAGAAUAAUUACGUAGGGCUGGUCAACAUUCCCACUGCCAGUGUGACUGGGCGUCAAUUUGUAGAAAAGUGGUACCCAGUGAGUACACCUACCCCCAACAAAGGAAAGACAGGAGGACCUUCUAUUCGGAUUAAAUCACGCUUCCAAACCAUCACCAUUCUGCCUAUGGAGCAAUACAAAGAAUUUGCAGAAUUUGUCACCAGCAACUACACCAUGCUGUGCUCUGUCCUUGAGCCGGUAAUCAGUGUAAGAAAUAAAGAGGAGUUGGCUUGUGCCUUAGUGCACAUUCUGCAGAGUACUGGCAGAGCCAAGGAUUUUCUGACCGACUUGGUCAUGUCUGAGGUGGAUCGGUGUGGAGAACACGAUGUCUUAAUCUUCAGAGAGAACACCAUCGCCACCAAGUCCAUCGAGGAGUACCUCAAGUUGGUGGGUCAGCAAUACCUGCAUGAUGCAUUGGGGGAGUUCAUCAAAGCGCUGUAUGAGUCCGAUGAGAACUGUGAAGUGGAUCCCAGCAAGUGCUCCUCCAGCGAGCUGAUCGACCAUCAGAGCAACCUGAAAAUGUGCUGUGAGCUGGCUUUCUGCAAGAUCAUCAACUCCUACUGUGUUUUCCCCCGAGAAUUGAAAGAAGUGUUUGCGUCAUGGAAGCAGCAGUGCCUGAACCGUGGCAAGCAGGACAUCAGCGAGCGGCUCAUCAGUGCCUCGUUGUUCCUGCGCUUCCUGUGCCCGGCCAUCAUGUCUCCCAGCCUCUUCAACCUGAUGCAGGAGUAUCCUGACGACCGCACCUCUCGGACGCUUACACUGAUUGCCAAGGUCAUCCAGAACCUGGCCAACUUUGCCAAGUUUGGUAACAAAGAGGAAUACAUGGCAUUCAUGAAUGAUUUUUUGGAACAUGAAUGGGGAGGAAUGAAGCGCUUUCUUUUGGAGAUCUCUAAUCCAGACACCAUCUCAAACACCCCAGGCUUUGAUGGCUACAUAGACCUGGGCCGAGAGCUUUCGGUUUUACAUUCCUUACUGUGGGAAGUAGUUUCCCAACUUGAUAAGGGUGAAAAUUCCUUCCUACAGGCGACCGUGGCAAAGCUGGGGCCUCUCCCUCGUGUUCUUUCUGAUAUUACCAAGUCUCUGACUAACCCUACGCCAAUACAACAGCAGCUGAGACGUUUCACUGAGCAUAACUCGAGUCCAAAUGUCAGCGGAAGCCUCUCCUCCGGGCUGCAGAAAAUAUUUGAAGACCCCACUGACAGUGAUCUGCAUAAGCUGAAGUCUCCCAGCCAGGACCCCACGGACAGCUAUUUCCGAGGAAGAACGUUGCUGCUGGUGCAGCAAGCCUCCUCCCAGAGCAUGACUUACUCUGAGAAGGAUGAAAAGGAAAGCAGCCUUCCAAACGGCCGGAGCAUCUCCCUCAUGGACCUGCAGGACACUCACUCUGCCCAGGGCGAGCGUGCGUCCAUCAUGCUUGACGUGCCCGUGCGCCUGACCGGAAGCCAGCUUUCCAUCACCCAGGUGGCCAGCAUCAAACAGCUGCGGGAAUCCCAGAGCACCCCGCAGAGUGCACCCCAAGUGAGAAGGCCCCUGCACCCAGCCUUGAACCAGCCAGGCAGCCUCCAGCCCCUGUCCUUCCAAAACCCCGUCUACCACCUCAGUAACCCGAUUCCGUCCAUGCCAAAGGCCUCUGUGGAUUCCAGCCUGGAGAACCUCAGCACCGCCAGUUCCAGAAGCCAAAGCAACAGUGAGGACUUCAAACUCAGUGGGCCCAGCAACAGCAGCAUGGAGGACUUCACCAGGCGCAGCACGCAGAGCGAGGACUUCAGGCGGCACACCGUGCCGGACAGACACAUACCCCUGGCUCUGCCGCGACAGAACAGCACCGGGCAGACCCAGAUCCGAAAGCUGGACCAGGCUGGGCUGGGCGCCCGAGCCAAAGCGCCGGCCUCCCUGCCGCACAGCGCCUCGCUGCGGAGCGCGGGGGGCAUGUCGGUGACAUCCGCGGCGCUGGUGGCCGAACCUGCGCAGAACGGGAGCCGCUCCAGGCAGCAGUCCUCUUCCUCCCGAGAGAGCCCUGUGCCCAAGGUGAGGGCAAUCCAGAGGCAGCAGACCCAGCAGGUGCAGUCCCCUGUGGACUCCGCCACGAUGUCCCCGGUGGAGCGGACAGCAGCCUGGGUUCUGAACAAUGGCCAGUAUGAGGAGGAUGUGGAAGAAGCGGAGCAAAACCAAGAUGAAGCGAAGCAUGCUGAGAAGUACGAACAAGAAAUCAGUAAGCUGAAGGAGCGCCUGCGCGUGUCCAGCCGGCGGCUGGAGGAGUACGAGCGCCGCUUGCUGGUGCAGGAGCGGCAGAUGCAGAAGCUGCUGCUGGAGUACAAGGCGCGCCUGGAGGACAGCGAGGAGCGGCUGCGCAGGCAGCAGGAGGAGAAGGACAGCCAGAUGAAAAGCAUCAUCAGCAGGCUAAUGGCUGUGGAGGAAGAGCUGAAGAAGGACCAUGCUGAGAUGCAAGCAGUUAUUGACGCAAAGCAGAAAAUAAUCGAUGCGCAGGAAAAACGGAUCGUAUCGCUGGAUUCGGCCAACACCAGACUGAUGAGCGCGCUGACGCAAGUGAAGGAGCGGUACAGCACGCAGGUCCGCAACGGCCUCUCGCCCACCAACCCCACCAAGCUUUCCAUUACGGAGAAUGGUGAAUUCAAGAACAGCAGCUGCUGAUGGGCUUUGUGAACGUGCAGACUGAGCGGGGAGGCAGAAGGAAGCUGACCCACCCUCCCGUACCCAGCCCCUCCAGUUUACAGAACGCUGCCCCUUCAAAAUGGCAGUGUGGCAAGGAGCUCUUGAGUGAAGAAAGGAAUCUUGUCUUCCAGGGAUGAGACGAAGACUUCCAAGGUCGAUGCUUUCGCGCCGUGUCUCUGUGUACAUAGGGAACUUAGUUCUGGGCCAUGUACAGAAAAUACCACUGUAAAAUACCAGAUGGAAGUUAAUAAUGUAGAAUACCUUUUUAAUUAUUGCUAUUUUAUUAUUGUUUUUCCUCUUGUUGAAAGCACUGCAGUUGUUAGAGGAAACGUAGGAAGCGUGUUUGGGGGAGCCAGGAGCCUUGGGGUGCAGUAGGUGGAGACCAAGCGUCCAACAGAAGCUCGUGGAGUACAGUAGGACCUUGACAAUGAAUUUCAGGGAUUCGUCUGCCAGUUUAGAAACCCCACUUUGACCCCCGUGCCCUUUAGGAGAACAUGUGAAUACCAAGAGACAAAGCGAUGAUGUAUCCCAGGAGGAAGCAGUUCUAGUCUGGUGAGACAGCCAGUGGCCUGGGGAGUCACUGUGUCGGAGGACACGAGCAGAGCUGGACUUCAGGAGCGACUUGUGCUCAGCUCCCGCCACUGUACCUGUUUCUCCCAUCUGGAGCAGCUAGGAAUUUUCUGUUUUAGAUAGGGGGUUUUGUUUACCCCAGCUGUAAUAAAGGAUGGGUUUUUUUUUUUCCUCUUUAGA